UACAUACAUAUUUGUCCAGAAAAAAUACAAGCAACUUAAUAUUUAAAUUUUUUGAAAAGUAUAAAAUCUUCUAUUAUGUGUAACACAUUUGAAGAUUUCAGAAUUAAUUUUGCCGAAACCGAAUGGCAAUUUUGGUGUAGACUCUGUGCUAAAGACGAUGUACGAAAUAUCAAAAUAUAUCCAGAACAAAAUCAAACUCCAGUUGACACAAACGAAACACUUGUAGACUUCAUAGCGGAUUUUUUUAAAGUUCAAAUGCAGCAGAAUGAAAAUUUACCACAUUGGCUUUGUGCACAAUGCUUUUCAUUGGUUUCGACCUUGUUCAAAUUCACAAAACAAGUUAACAUGGUGCAAAGAAUGUACAACGAAAUACAAAGUUCUGGCAACAAAAAUGUUAUAGAUUUUCGUGUGAUACGAGAUAAAUAUAAUUUACUUGAGUAUGAGUUCGUCACGUCUAAUAGGUCGGAUACAAAGUCAGCUAUUGAAAAUAUCUUUGUUGCCGCUGCACCAGAAAUAUUUGUACACAACUCCUUGGAUAAUAUUGUUAAGAAUGAAAUCAUAUCGGACGAGUUACAGAGUGGCAUCUUUCUUAAUGCAGGCGAAUAUAAUAGGGAAUUUCAAGAUCCAAUUGGUGAUGUAAUUACAAAUCCUACUGAUGAAGUAGAGAGUAAUAUUUCCCUUAACCAUAUUAAAGAUGAUAGUGAAUCCGAACCAAAUGGAAAACAAUACAAAAAACAAAGUCGGAUGAAAAAGCAACCAAAUUCCUCGGAUCAAGAAUCAAAAACAGACAAAUACUUCUGUAACGAAUGCUCACUACAUUUCAAAAGGGGUAGUAAUUAUGGUAUUCAUAUGAAGAAAAAGCACGGUAUUGACAUAGCAAGAGAUACUUGUUUUUCUUGUUCGCAAUGUUCGAAGACUUUCAAAUAUAAAUUCAAAUUAAAUCGUCAUGUAAAAAUACAUCGACCGUUAGCGGAAAAGUGUAUAUUUCCAUGUCCACAAUGUGAUAGAAAAUUCCAAACUAAGGAUUAUGUUUUGCGACAUAUAAAGUUUGUUCAUGAAGAUAUACGCUCAUUCGUUUGCGAAGAGUGUGGUGAGUGUACACGCACGGAAGCUACACUGCGGGAGCACAUGCUUAUACACACCGACUAUGCACCUUUUGAAUGUGAAGUUUGUAAGAAAGGAUUUAAAAAUCAAGCGCGUUUGAAGAGGCAUAUGGAGAUGCACAGCGAUCAUAAACAUAUAUGCGGUGAGUGUGGUUUAGGAUUGAAUUCGCGUUUAACUUUGAAUCGUCAUAUGAUUGUGCAUUCUGAUGAAAUGCGGCAUAAAUGUGAUUAUUGUGGGCGCGAAUUUAAACGUGUGAAAGCUUUAAAAAGUCAUUUAAUACUUCAUAGUGGCUUAAAGCCAUAUUCAUGUGACUUCUGUGACAAAACGUUUGCCCAUGGCUCAAAUUGUCGCACUCACAAAAAAAAAUUUCAUCCCGAAGAAUUUGCGGCCUUAGAGGCUUCCGGAGAAAAGAAGUUCACUAAAAAUAUCCCUAAAUUAGCGGUUUUAAAAACAGUUACCCGCACAGCUGAGAAUCUUCUGCCCGUGGUAUGUAAACAAAGUGGAAACUUUUCUUCCGGCAAAAAACCGAACCUCCAAUCAGUUGUAAAGGAGAAACACAACACCGUUCCUACGACAGUCGGGUCUAAGUAAACGGAGCGGGCCCGGAUUUUUAUCCAAUGUUGUCAAUUCGGCGCCAUUCCUCGAAAUUACUUCAGGAAUGUUUUCUGCCGCUUCAACAACAACAACGAAACAUAAAAAUAUGCAGGGAAUAAUACAUAAGUGUGUGCGGUAUUUCCUUGUUCAACAUUAUCAAACUUUGUGAGUAUUAAUGUCCUUACUUUUUUCAAAGCUGUGAUUGUGCUCAAGUGAUUACUCUUGGCCGGCGACCUGAUGAUGACUAAAUAACAGACAAUAUAAUACCAAGAAUUGAUAACUGGGUCAAUGGGUAUACACAUGCAACCUACAUUCACUUAUGUAUAUGAUGAUUGAUAUAUAUUAAUGGCUACUAUAUUUCUAGUUUACGUGUUUAAAACUAAGUCUUAAUUUUUAAUGACUAAAACGUCUGCAGUUAUUGAAAAUGUAUAAAAAGAGGCCACUUUAUACAACGGAUUGAAAUGCUCUUAUUAAAGCCUCACUUAAGCAUACCAAAAUUGUCAGUAUGUAUUGAAAUGUAUUUAUAGGA